GGCUCCUGGUCGAGGGGAGAGGCCGCCCGUCGACCCGCCGAGCGGGAGCCCCGGGGCGCAGCUGCCGGCGCCUCAGGACGGAGGCCUCACCCCACAGCGCGGAAGGCGGGGAGCCGUCGGCGUCCCCCCAGGGCCCAUGGCGUGACACCCGCCGGGGGCUCGGGCCGCCGUCAUGGCCGAGCAGCGGCCGGGGGCCUGGUUCGGCUUCGGUUUCUGCGGCUUCGGACAGGCGCUGGGCCGCGGGCGCGGGCCGCAGGUGUCCAGCCCGGAGCCGCUGCCCGGGGGCGCCGCCGUCCGCUGCGUGAGCGCCGCCUGGAGCUACACGGCCGUCGUGACCCGUGGAGGCCGCGUGGAGCUGUCGGGCUCGGCGAGCGGCGCGGCCGACGGCUGCAGGGCCGUGUGGGCCUCCGAGGGGCUCCUCGUGGUGUUGGGCGGCGGGCCGGGCCCCGAAGAAGCCGAGCUGCUGCAGGCCUGGGCGCCCGAGUCGGCGCUGCGCGGGGAGCCCCUCUGGGCCCAGAAGGUGCUGCGGGAGAGCGAGGCCCAGGCCGGGCUGCGGGCGCGCAGGCUGGAGCUGGGCGCUGAGCACGCGCUGCUCCUGGACACCCAGGACCAGGUGUUCUCCUGGGGCGGGGGCGGGUGGCGGUGA